UUCCACUUGGUUUGGCAGCAAGAAAGCGUUGGAAGAGAACAAGAUGCUUGCCUCCACAGUUCGUAUUGCGGCGGCGCGGCCUGCAACGGCGCUGUACCGGCCCGUGAUGGCCUCGACAACCCUCCUUGCACAGAGGUAUCAGUCCACCGCCCAGGCUGUCGCCGAGGCCAACGCCAAGCCCGUCUUUGGCAAGACCAAGCUCCCCGCCAAGUGGGACAACGCAGCAGACUACGCCCUCGCCAAGCUGGAUGACCUUGUCAACUGGGCACGAAAGAGCUCCAUGUGGCCCAUGACCUUCGGCCUUGCGUGCUGUGCCGUCGAGAUGAUGCACGUCGCCGCCCCUCGCUACGAUAUGGAUCGCUUUGGCAUCGUCUUCCGCGCCUCCCCUCGCCAGUCUGAUGUGAUGAUUGUUGCCGGCACCCUGACCAACAAGAUGGCGCCUGCCCUGCGCAAGGUCUACGAUCAGAUGCCCGAGCCCCGCUGGGUCGUCUCCAUGGGAAGCUGCGCCAACGGCGGCGGGUACUACCACUACUCGUAUGCGGUUGUGCGCGGGUGCGACCGGAUUGUGCCCGUGGACAUUUACGUGCCCGGGUGCCCGCCCACCGCCGAGGCGCUGCUGUACGGGCUCUUGCAGCUGCAGAAGAAGAUCAAGCGCGACAAGUCCCUCCAGAUGUGGUACCGCAAGUAGACUUGCUGUGCUGCUGCGGUGGAGCUGGUAAUGAUGGUGGUGUUGAUGGUGACGACGACGACGACGACGAUGAUGAUGAUGAUGGUGGUGGUGCUGAUGGUGAUGGUGUGCUGUGAGGCUCACGUGUGAUGCUCGCGUGUGGUGGUUUGCUUGUCGUUGUGGUAUUCAGUGUUGUGGAAUGGUGAUGGUCGUGUACUUGUUGAACUGUGUUUUGGCUUGCUUUGCCCCUUCCCCUUCCCCUUCCCCUCCUCUCCUUACUGUCUUGUUUGGCUUUGUGUCGUUGUUUUCAUUUUGCUCGCGCUUGCUUCGACUCGGUGUUCAUGUGCAUAUCUGGUUGCAUAAACACUGAACUCCUCUG